UUAUUACAACCUCCUCCUUCACCUAGUUUAUCAGCUACUUCGUCUAUAUCUUCUUGGUUAAGAAAAUCACCAAAUGAACAACCUCAAGAAGACGUCACUUUUAUGCCUUCACAUACAACGCGAGAAGCCAUGAUUGAAAUGCUGGAAAAAAAGAAUACGGAACUAUCCACUCAACUAGAGCAGACAGUCCAAACCCAGGAGAAACAGGGCCGUAUGCAUAAAAAGAAAGAAAGAGAAUUGGAGACUGAAAUCAAGUUCUUGAAAGGUAGUCUUGAUCAUGCUACAGUCAAAAUACAAGAAAUGGAAGAAAAACAAUGCCCAAAGAUAGAAGAAGAUGUUUCGCUGCUGCAUGAGAAAAUCAAGCAUUUGAGGCUGGAGAAUGAUCAGCAAGUGGACCAAUUCCAGUUCACUUUGCAUGAUCAUGAACAGCUUCAAAAGUCCAAGUUAGAAGAGCAUAGAACAUUACUGGGUCAGCUUAAAGAACAAGGCGUUAUUUAUUACGAAGAAGAAGAAUACGAAGAAGAAGAAAGCAAUCAAAAUCUGCUUAGGCAUGAAGAUAAUACAAACUUGCUUGAAUCAAUUCUUGUUCAAGCAGGCGUCGUUGAGAAAGAUGCUCUUGAUGAUGCACUGAGCUUAAUCGGUCAGAAUGGGCAUUGGUAUGACGAUAAUUUUAGCAUGGUGUCAACUCAACAAAAAGCGGCUAUUCGCAUGGUGAAACAAAUGCUUUACUUCACGUGGCGGUGGUUUAGAUUUACUUUGAUUAUGACAAUCGCUGUCUUUUUAAGUUUAAAAGAAGGCCCUCCUCCGCCACCACGGAAAUCCGGUUUGAUUACAUCCACUGCAUCACACACUAAACAAUAGAGAUAUUCUUUCAAAAACUAAAAUAAAUACACAAUUCACACAUGA